AUGAGCUAUUUCAGCGAGUGCUACCCAGAAGAUUUUAUUCAGUUAGCAUCUGACUGCAGUAACAGUUACUACUUUUCGAAGAAAGGGAAGUUGCUUCAUACAAAUCCUCAAGAGAUAAAAAAGCUGUAUGGCAUGCAUGUACUUGUGAGAUGCAUUAGAUAUCCUCGUACACGUAUGUACUGGCAGAAGUCAUUGCGUAUGCCAACUAUUGCAGAUUGUAUGCCUAGAGACAGGUUCUUCACUCUCAGAACAGCAACGCAUGUUGUGGACACUAACAACAUUCCACGUGAAUCAGAAACUAAUAGAGUGUGGAAAGUACACCCUGAAAUUAAUGUUGUACGCAGUGCUUGUUUGAGGCUUCCAUGCGCCUCUGAAAAUGAUUAUUCCAUUGAUGAGCAAAUGGUAUCAUUUACUGGACGCUGCACAUUGUCUCAGUAUGUUCCAAACAAACCGCGCCCUUUGGGAAUUAAAAACUUUGUUUUGGCAACAACGAAAGGCUUAGUACUUGAUUUUGAAUUUUAUCAAGGUAAAUCAACUCCUCUGCCAGAUUUUGGCCUUGGUCUUGGGCCAUCUGUAAUACUUCGCCCUGCUCAAUCAUUAUCUCAAGGUGCACGACUAUAUUUUGACAGAUAUUUUACAGCUUUACCAUUAUUGCAACAUUUACUUGAGCUGGGGCUGGAAGGAACAGGAACCAUAAUGAAAAACUGA